AUGAAGAAACGAAAGACAAAAGAUGAGAACACAAAUCACAAGACCUAUUACAAAGGAGAAGAAGAGAAACCCAGUUGAGCUAAAAAGCCUCCGGUGACUAGACUCUCUCUCUCUCUCUGAAGCCUAAUAAUGGACCAAGUCCAGCACAAGUUCGUGGACGUAGGAGGACUAAAGCUUCAUGUAGCUGAGAUCGGAACUGGUCCUAACGUGGUGUUGUUCCUGCAUGGAUUUCCGGAGAUAUGGUAUUCAUGGCGCCACCAGAUGAUAGCUUUAGCAAAUGCUGGGUUUCGAGCCAUCGCGCCCGAUCACCGAGGAUACGGACUAUCCGACCCGCCGACCCAACCAGAUAAGGCUUCCUUUGCAGACAUUCUUACUGACCUCCUCAGUCUUCUCGAUGCCCUUCAAAUCGCUAAGGUUUUUCUUGUUGCAAAGGACUUCGGAGUUUGGCCUGCCUACCUUCUGGCAGUUCUCCACCCAGAGAGGGUCUUAGGGAUGGUAACAAUAGGAGUACCUCUCAAGCCAAAACGCUCUGCAUUCCAUCAAUACCUACCGGAAGGAUUCUACAUUUCAAGAUGGCGGGAACCCGGACGAGCAGAAGCUGAUUUCGGACGCCUCGAUGUUAAAACAGUUGUGAGGAACAUUUACAUCCUCUUCUCCAGAAGUGAAAUACCAAUGGCUGCUGAAAACCAGGAGAUCAUGGAUUUAGUAGACUCAUCUACUCCUCUUCCCCCUUGGUUCACAGAGGAGGAUCUCGCAACAUAUGGAGCUUUGUAUGAGAAAUCUGGAUUCCAGACUACAUUGCAAGUACCAUAUAGGUCAUCAGGUGACGACCCCAACAUAACAGAUCCAAAAGUUAAAGUACCAGUGCUUUUGAUUAUGGGUGGCAAAGAUUACAUCCUCAGAUUUCAAGGGAUUGAGGAUUACAUAAACAAAGGAGAGAUGAAAGAAUUGGUCCCCGAUUUGGAGAUUAAAUUUUUGCCUGAGGGAACCCACUUUGUUCAGGAGCAAUCACCUGAUGAGGUGAAUCAGCUGAUUCUCACCUUCCUUGCCAAGAAUGUUUGAUCAUGGAAAUCUCAACUACGGUUAUUGGCAUGUAGUUUGCCCAAAGUUUGGCCUGAGUUUUUAUGUGUGUAAAUUUCAAAUCUGAAGGACGGUAGUGUAAUAUCAAAUUCAAUAAUCAAGCAUUUCAAGUGUGAUAUAAAAAGCCUAAAACUCUCUGUUUCGUGUGGCGUAUAAUGUAUGUUUCCAAAUGCUAUAUGUCUGUGUACACAUUGCUAUCA